AUGCCUACUAUCCUCUGCUUUUGGCUGAUAGCAAUCGCAGUUUUUCUGGUUUGCGGCCGGGGUCACAAACCAAGAAAGCUUCCUCCGGGGCCUUCUCCAUUACCAAUCCUCGGUAAUCUCUUCCAGCUUGGUAGAGAGAAACUGUACCACAAAGCAGUAACAAAACUCUCUAAAGUUUAUGGACCUUUGAUGUCAGUGAAGCUGGGAAACCAAAUGAUAGUUGUUGUGUCAUCGCCAAAUCUUGUCCGUGAAAUAUGUCAAAAAUAUGAUCAUACUUUCUAUAGAAGACUCGAUUUAGAUGCGUCCCGAGCACUCGACCACCAUAAGUUCUCCAUUGCGUGGAUACCAACAGGCAAAAAAUGGAAUGAUAUUCGCAGACUGUUCAAAGAACAAAUUUUCUCCUCAGAGCGACUCAAUGCAAGCCAAGGGAUACGUCAAGAAAAGGUGAAACAACUUUGUGAUUACGCGCAUGAACAUAGCAUUAGUGGGCAACCAUUGAACGUAUGUGCUGCUGCCUUCACAACAUCUCUCAAUUUCCUCUCCAACACUUUAUUUUCCAUUGAUUUUGCUCAUUAUGACUCUAAUUCAUGCAAAAAUCUCGAAGAAAUCAUAUGUGGUUUGACGAAUACUAUGGGUAGACCAAAUUUGGCGGACUUCUUUCCGGGACUCAAAUUCUUUGAUCCCCAGGGUAUUAGGCACGAGACUGAGGUUUAUUUUGUGAAACUGCUUGAAGCUUUUGAAGAUAUCAUUACUCAAAGAUUACAAGCAAGAGGCGCAUCCCCCACUUCUGGUUCGGGGAAAAGUGACCUGUUAGAAGUUUUCCUUGAUCUCUGUCAGCAUCGUGAAGCAGGGUGGAGUUACAACGACGUGAAACAUUUCCUUUUGGAUUUGUUUCUUGGAGCAACAGAUACAACUUCAUCCACUGUGGAAUGGGCAAUGGUAGAAUUACUAAGAAGCCCUGACAAAAAGGAAAAAGCUAGAGCAGAAAUCAGGGAAGUCAUUGGGCAAGGCAGAUCUGUUAAAGAAUCAGACAUCUCAAGACUCCCUUACUUGCAGGCAGUUGUUAAAGAGACUCUACGGUUGCACCCUCCUGCCCCCAUAGUACCUCGCAAAGCUGAUACAGAUAUUGAAGUUGACAGCUACAUCUUGCCAAAAGAUUCUCUAAUAGUGUUCAACCUUUGGGGCAUGGGUAGGGAUUCAAACCUGUGGCUUAAUCCUGAUUCCUUUGUGCCCGAACGAUUCCUGAACUCCGAAAGUGAUGAUAAAGGCCAGCAUUUUAAGCUCACUCCUUUUGGUACGGGAAGGAGAAUUUGUGUUGGAUACGCGCUGGCUCAGCGAAUGCUGCAUCUUAUGCUGGCUUCUCUUCUUCAUAACUUUGAUUGGAAGCUUGAAGAUGGAAUUAAACCAGAAGAUGUGGACAUGAGCGAAAGGCCUGGAUUGACAGUGCAGAAGGCAGUGCCUCUCAUGGCUAUUCCAAUAAGAACAUCAAUUUGGAAAAGUCUGAAGUAA